CUCGCGAAGCGUUUAGUCUAUAACGAAACAUUAAAGAGUGCACUUAUUUAAUAACCAGAAAGAUUUUACCAAGAAACGCCAACAAAAUGUUGAAGAAACUUUCACUACUACCUUUUGCCUUACUUUUGCUGAUACAGUUUUCCACGUGUAUGCCAAAUCGUAGUUCUGCAGAGGAAUCUGACGAAGACAAUUCACGGGAAAACCGUGUGCCAGAAAGUCGCAAGAGAAUCGAGGCACUUGUUUAUAAAGACUAUUUAAAUUUUUUAAAUUACCGGCUGGAAAGAUCUCAUAAAAUAGCCAAAGAUGUGCUGGCCGAUCCACUUAUGAAUAGUAUUAAUAGUCCAGCGAUGGAGGAGGAAAAAAAUGUACUUAAAAAAUAUGUAAAAGAAUCAAAGGAAGCACUAACCAUUGCUCUACCCGCCGACAAAAAUGAUCAACAAAAUCGUUUCUUCUUUGCCCUUGGCAAAGAUUUUGUACUUGAAAAUUUCAAUAGAUUUAAUCGAACACGCGCUUCUACGACGGAGAAGCUGACACUGGAACAAAAAGUUUCGUGGGAGGCUAUGAAAAAGCACGGCAUUUUAGAGUACAAUAGAGAACUGGAGUUGCGUACGAAUGAAUUUGUCUACUCUAUUGUUGACGGAUUUGACAAUUAUAUCAAAACACUUACGCCGGCUGAAAGGGAGAAGGAACAGGAAUUGGUAGCAGUAUGGAAUCGAUACAAUAAGAAGGAAGUUGGCAUGGAUAAAAUUGAAUUUGGUCAAAGAUUGUUUACUAUAUUUUUUCAAUAUGAGACAAAAGCCUAAACAUUUUUAAAAAUUUGAAUUUUUUUCUUUUUUGAUUGAAAAAUGUAACAAAUAUUUUUUACUUGAUAAAUAUUUAUAUUAAAAUUAAUUAUCUAAACUAAACCACUUUCGUAAAUGA